AUGACACUCGUAUUUACUCAUCGGUAUUUAUUAAUAUGUUUUCUCAUCCGGCUAACUUCAUCAGCAGUUGUACCAUCGCAAGAUUCAAUUUCACUGUAUACCGCCAACGAUAAAGUCGUCAUCUUAACAGGUCAAAACUUUUCCUCAAUAGUUUAUCAAUCGAAAACAGCAUGGCUUGUCGAAUUCUACGCAAGCUGGUGUGGACAUUGUCAGUCAUAUGCAAACACAUAUCGAGAAGUCGCUAUUGAUACAUGGGGAUGGAGAACAGUUGUGCGUGUUGGAGCAAUAAACUGCUAUGCGGAUGAAAAUGGUCCUAUUUGCGAUCAACACAAUGUUGCGGCUUACCCAACACUUCGAUUAAUCGGACCGAAUUCAUUUAUCAAUGGAUCUAAACUUAUACAUCUAACUGCUACUGAUGCCAAAGGAGUAGAAAGAGAAUUAAUCAAAGAACUAGAUGCACUACAACGCACAGAUCGAAAUUGGCCAAAUUUUGCACCCAUUGCUGAUGUUGGACUGGAAAACAUCUACUCGUAUGCUCCACCGACGGUUAAACUUGUUCUACUUAUUGUAGAAAAACAAGAUGACUUCACCGGUCGACAAAUCAUGUUAGAUUUCUCCAAGUAUCAUGAACAACUGGUGAUUUUUCGUGCAAGUACCGAUGGGAAAUUGUGGGGUCAAUUACAAUUAAAUCUCACCGAUAUACCUGCUGUAUUUAUUAUUCAUUCUAAUGGAACGACAGAAAGAAUGAAUACUAAGCAGAAUAUGAAUGAGAAUCUCGGUAGUCGGAAUUUAUUGAAUUAUGCUAUUCGAUCAUAUGUUCAUAAGAGCAAAUGUAUUGAUAAUUUCGAUGAUCGUGACUUAGAAGAAAUCAUUCAUAGUAAAAAUGCAUUAAAAAAAUCCGAAGUCAAAGGAACAAACGAAGCUCAAGGAGCAGUCAUCGAAAAUCAAAAACUAAACAUGGUCGAUUUGGAAACUGCACUAUCCUAUAUGCUACGUCGAGAAGUACCGCGAAUCAAAAUGAUCUAUGGCGAAACUUACGAUGCCUUAUUACAUUGGCUAAUUGUACUGACUAAAUAUUUUCCUGGCCGUCAACCAGUCAUGACUUAUCUCAAAGAUCUAUUAUCUAAAGUUAAACAACAACCAAAUGGCUUAUCUGGAAAACAAUUUCGUGAACUAGCCGAUAUUAACGCAUCUAAUAGCUAUUUACCAAACAAUCAAAUACGAUACAUAUAUUGCACAGGCUCUGCUCCACAAUAUCGUGGUUAUCCGUGUGCACUCUGGCUUCUUUUUCAUACGCUAACAGUCUCCCAAGUUCAAACCGAAUUUCAAAAUACACAUGUUACUGAAGUUCCGUCUGCAAUCAAAGGUUUCAUUAAAUAUUUUUUCGGAUGUCGACAUUGCAGUGAUAAUUUUAUGAAAGAAACCAAUGAACUUCAUCAACUUGAUGCGAACGACAAAAAUGCAGCUGUUGUGUAUCUCUGGAAAGUUCAUAAUCAUGUUAACGAACGCUUACAUGGUGACGAAACUGAAGAUCCUCAGAAUCCGAAAAUUCAAUUUCCAUCGAGCAAUCUUUGUCCGAAAUGUCGAAUGGACAAAACGAAUUUUGAUUCGGCAUCGACUCUUGAUUUUCUUUUAAAACAUUAUUCAAAAGAUAACUUUGAUUUGUCAUCUGUCGAGAAUCCCAGUGAAUCUUCGAAUAAGAAAGAUCAAAUACCAUCACGAAUAGAUCAAUAUUCAAUGAUUGAAAUCAAUCAUGACUUCAAACAAAAAUCUGGUUUAUUCUCUUAUUUAACUUCCAUUGUACAACGUUUUUCAUUCUAUUUCCUUAUAUUUAUUGUGAUUAUCGUCCUUUACGUUCGACGACGACAUUGUAAAAACAACAACAAAAGUUGUAAUGAUCGAUUAUGCUCAGACAUUAUGGACAGUGUAGUAAAAUUCAAUCGACGAGUGACACGUUACAUAAAACGGGCUAUGUCUGGAUCAACACGUUUCUUUACAGAUGAAGACGAAAUACACCGUCGAAGUAGCAUUGCCGGAGCAUCGUAUAAUUUGAUCAAUUCAAUUGUUGGAUCAGGCGUUAUCGGUAUGAGCUAUGCAUUUCGCCAAUCGGGUUACGUAGCUGGAUUUAUACUGCUUGGUAUCGUUGCCAUUUUAACUGAUUAUUCAACAACAAUUUUAAUCCGUUCCGGUCACAUGGCAAAAGUGAACACUUAUCAAGAACUUGUUUAUACUGUUUUGGGUAAAUUUGGUUUUCUCUGGCUCUCGUUAGUUCAAUUUUUAUACCCAUUUAUCUGUUUAAUUUCCUACAAUAUUAUUAUCGGUGAUACGGUUACGAAAGUUCUUCACCGCUUAUGGCCAACUAUACCUUAUUUAUUUCAAAAUCGGUAUAUAAUUAUCUUUCUAUGUUCAUGUUUUGUUACAUUACCAUUAUCUCUCUAUCGAAAUAUUGCAAAAUUAUCUCAGAUAUCACUUAUGGGACUGAUUCUUGUUAUCAUUACAGUAUUAAUAUUGAUUAAACGCGGUGCAGAUACGAUGUCAUUUAUAUCGUCUGAAAUUCGCAUGGUGAAUACAAAUCUAGCUGAAAGUAUUGGUGUGAUGGCUUUUGCUUUCAUGUGCCAACAUAAUUCUUUUCUUAUUUUUCAUUCAAUGAGUGAAAAGACUCUUCCACGAUGGCGAACUGUUACAUUGAUUACAACUACAGUUGCAUUCAUCUUUGCUGUAAUGUACGCAUUGACCGGCUACAUGGUCUUCGGUCAACAAACUGAAGGUGAUCUUUUGGAAAAUUAUUGUCAUUGGGAUACACUUAUAAAUAUAGCUCGACUUAUCUAUGCUAUAAACAUAAUGUUGACAUUUCCAUUAGAAUGUCUUGUUUGCCGUCAAGUAAUCGAAAUUCUUGGAAAUAAAUGGUUGAACUUUAGUUCAGAUCGACGGCAUUAUAUCAUAACGAGUCUUAUUGUCGCAUCGAGUGUAUUGUUAUCAUUAGCUACAGAUUGUCUCGGCAUUGUUCUCGAAUUGAAUGGAUUAUUAGUUGCAUCGUCACUUGCCUACAUCCUCCCAGCAUUGUGCUACUUAAAAUUGAGACCAACAACAAUGCAAUGGUCAUCAUUGGAUGACUUUGCUCCAAGAAGGUUAUUAUUGUCAACAUGGUACCGAACCUCGUUAUUGCUCACGAAUGUUUUCGCGAUUGAACAAUCAAACCAAUGUGAGAUGAAUUGCGAAACAUGCCGAAAUUUUACAAUCAAUACAUAA